UCUGUGUUCAUGGACGCGUCUUGCAGCAGGAGCCGGUCUCAGCCUGCUCUGCAGUCGCCUUGAAACCAGCGACCCUCAGGCCCUCGGCACGCACACGACAGAAAUUUGGCGCAUUGGCAAAUAAAUGAUUUCCUUAUAAUCUAAUGUUUCUAAAUACCUGACAUGGGAAACGCUGUGAUGUGUAGACCGAACUUUAUGCUAUUUGCAGCCUGCGUGUCCGUGAGAUGUGCAUGUUUGUAAACUGAUGUGCAGUAGAUUAUGCUCGUUAGACAAAGAAAAGCAGGCUGCGUAUAAACAGUCAUAAAAAUACGUGUGUUGAUUCAGCGUUCAUUUGGUCUUCAGUGUGCUGAAUUUAUGCUGCACAUGGCGCGCACCGUCUCCACCGACAGCUUAUGUGCAUGUUAGUCCUAGUUCAAGGGUAGCUUCCUUUCCUAAGCCAUGUCUGUCAAGGCUGCUAUUUCCCAGCCCAGAAAUGUAACCUUGUCUGAAAUUGGAGGACACAACCGGUGCGUUGUUUCCAGUUCACAGUAGCUCAGAAUCGAUUGCGCACUGAUUCCCCAGUCAGCUGGUCAGGAAAUAUAAACCCUAUCAGGAAUGUUCACUCUCACAGAAGUGGCCUCCCUGAACGACAUCCAGCCGACUUAUCGAAUACUGAAACCAUGGUGGGAUGUCUUCAUGGAUUAUCUUGGUAUUGUCAUGCUGAUGUUGGCCAUAUUUUCUGGAACCAUGCAGUUGACCAAAGACCAAGUGGUUUGUCUACCAAUUGUGGAACAAACUCGAGAGGGACUCCAGAGCUUCUUGGACCCCCAUCCAGCAGAAACAGCUGAUGGGUUCUGGAACAAAGAAGGCUCCGUCGGGGAGCAAGCCGCUCCACUGAUGGCUAAAAGGCCACCUGAUAGCACUGUACCUACAGUUCACUUCACACAGCCAGCCACCUUUGAGCAGCCCCAGCCUAAAGAUGUCAGGACCAAGCUGGAUUUUCAGCAGUAUGUUUUUAUCAACCAGAUGUGCUACCAUGUUGCCCUUCCUUGGUAUUCCAAAUAUUUCCCAUACCUCGCUCUAAUCCACACUAUUGUAUUAAUGGUCAGUAGUAACUUCUGGUUCAAGUAUCCAAAGACAAGUUCCAAAAUAGAACAUUUUGUUUCCAUACUUGGAAAAUGUUUUGAAUCACCUUGGACUACUAAAGCAUUGUCUGAGACUGCUUGUGAAGACUCGGAGGAGAACAAGCAGAGACUGGCUGGUGCCACCUCCCUCCUGAAACAACUGUCCACAAGCAGCGAGGAGGGGAGUCCAAGGCAAUCUGCCCCAGUGCCGACUAAAACUGGGGUCACAUUUUCUGCUGAAAAGCUUGUGAGGCAGGUUCCCCCUAUAACCAUACUGGACAAGAAAGAUGGAGAGCAAGCAAAGGCCUUAUUUGAAAAAGUCCGGAAAUUUCGCGCCCAUGUGGAAGACGGUGACUUGAUUUACAGGCUGUAUGCCAUUCAGACAGUUAUCAAAACAGUCAAGUUCAUUUUAAUCUUGUGCUACACAAUGACUUUUGUUGCCUCUAUAGAUUUUGACCAUGUGUGUGAGCCUGAAAUAAAGCAUUUGACUGGAUAUGCAAAGUUCCAUUGCACACAUAAUAUGGCUUUCAUGUUAAAGAAGCUCCUUGUCAGUUAUAUUGCUAUCAUAUGUGUUUAUGGCAUUAUCUGUAUAUACACACUCUUUUGGCUUUUUCGGCGACCACUUAAGGAGUAUUCCUUUGAAAAAGUCAGAGAGGAGAGCAGCUUUAGUGACAUUCCUGAUGUUAAGAAUGACUUUGCAUUCCUCCUCCACAUGGUUGAUCAGUACGACCAGCUGUAUUCGAAGCGUUUUGGGGUUUUUCUCUCAGAAGUGAGUGAAAACAAACUUCGAGAAAUCAGUCUAAACCAUGAGUGGACCUUUGAAAAGCUGCGGCAACAUGUGACUCGCAAUUCUCUAGAAAAGAUGGAACUUCAUCUUAUUAUGCUAUCUGGAGUGCCGGACGCUGUAUUCAAUCUCACCGAUUUGGAAAUUCUUAAACUAGAAUUAAUCCCAGAGGCCAAGAUAACAGCUAAAAUCUCACAAAUGAUACAUCUCCAGGAGCUGCACUUCUAUCACUGUCCAGCCAAAGUGGAGCACACAGCUUUCAUUUUUCUUCGUGAUCACCUCCGGUGCCUUCAUGUCAAAUUCACAGAUGUUGCUGAGAUUCCUAGCUGGUUGUACUUGUUGAAAAAUUUGAGGGAGCUGUACUUGGUUGGCAACCUGAACUCUGAACAUAAUAAAAUGAUUGGGCUUGAGUCUCUUAGAGACCUCAGGCAUUUAAAGAUUCUGCAUCUCAAAAGCAACCUCACAAAGAUACCAACAAACAUAACUGAUCUGUCCCCACAUCUGAUCAAGUUGGCCAUUCAUAAUGAUGGAACAAAGCUCUUAGUACUGAACAGUUUGAAGAAAAUGAUGAAUCUUGCUGAGCUGGAGCUUUAUAACUGUGAGCUGGAAAGAAUUCCCCAUGGUAUCUUCAGUCUGACCAACCUUCAGGAGCUCGAUCUAAAGUCCAACAACAUUCGUACCAUUGAGGAGGUCAUCAGCUUUCAACACCUCAAAAGACUAACAUGCCUCAAACUUUGGCACAAUAAGAUCAUCACCAUUCCAGUGUCCAUUAGUCAUGUCAAAAACCUUGAGUUGCUCUGUCUGUCCCACAACAAGCUCGAGUCUUUACCCUCAUCAUUAUUCACCCUCCUCAAGCUGAGGUACCUUGAUGUUAGCCAUAAUGCAAUUGUGGUAAUUCCACCGGAGGUUGGCUUUCUGCAGAACCUCCAGCAUUUUGCCAUUACAGGCAACAAAGUUGAGGUGACCCCCAAGCAGCUUUUCAAGUGCACCAAACUGAGGACAUUAUGUCUUGGCCACAACUGUAUCUCCUCCAUUCCAGAAAAAAUCGGCCAACUCUUGCAGCUCACACAUCUAGAACUGAAGGGAAACUGUCUGGAUCGUCUGCCGGCUCAGCUCGGUCAGUGCCACCUCCUGCGCAGGAGCUGCCUGAUCGUGGAGGAUCACCUCUUUGAGUCGCUUCCCAUGGAGGUCAAAGAGAGCAUCAACCAGGAAUCUAAUGUUUCUUUUGCCAAUGGGUGUAAGUGUCUAAGUGAUGGGCGGUAGUCAUGUCCUCCAUGGCAUUAAAUGUUGGGCGCUUCAUCUUAGUUUUUGAUUUACUAGAAACAAUUCUGAGUGCAGUUGUGGUACACUUCAUGAUGUUUUAAUAACCACAGUACAUACUAGGCCGAUACCACUGGAGAUAAUUUAAAUGAACUCUAGAAAUGAUCAUGGUGUGUGUCCUAUAUUUUUUCAUUAGUUAAGUCACUUUCUUAUUAUUUUUUUUUUUACUUGUCUGCAAGAACUUAGAAUUUUGUUUAAUUUUAAAAUACCCUUCCCUUUUUAUCCCAGUGAUUUCAUUUGAUUUUUUUCACUUGUUUAACUUGAAUGUAAAGGGCUGAUUCACACAUAUUACAUAACUAUCUCACAUUCAUGACUGUAUUCAGCAGU